AUGGUCAUCGCUGGUGUGGACACAGAAACUAUCGAGAUUUUGGAGAAAGAACUAAACAAAACUGCAGCAGCAAAAGCCGCAGCGAUGACCAGGCAUGAGAGGAGCGAUGCAAGCACAAGCUUUCGAAUUGGAGCUAAAGGAAAUUUGGAGCUGUUGGAUUCUUUCUCAGCCGGCAAACUUCCGCCUUCAGUGACUCAAAUCCGCUUUACAUCCAUGCUGGAGGUCAGAACCAAAGCUACUGAACUCUCUCUGCGUUCCAGAAUAUGCAAUCGAACAAAUCUUCAGUUAUGUCAAGCGAUGAAGAGGGCAAGAGAAUAUGGCGAUUGGAGUUUUGCAACACUCAACAUGGUGACCAAAGUAAAGAACAAAAAGGUAAAGGUGACAUACAGUUCUCCACUACUACCGCCAGUUUUGGAGGAGAAACCCACUCUUGUGUUAGACAUGGACAAGACACUAAUCCAUGCCCACAAGGCCACAGCGUCCCUCAAGCUCUUCAGUGGGAAGACUCUUCCAUUGCAGCGCUACCUUGUCGCAAAGCGGUUGGGUGUGGAUACAUUUCUAAAUGAGAUGAGUCAGAUAUAUGAGAUUGUGGUUUUUACUCGAGCUGUGAAGCCUUAUGCGGACAGGAUAUUGGAUAGGCUCAACCCAGCUGGGAAUCUCUUCACCCAUCGCCUCUACAGAGAUUCAUGCUCGCCCAAGGAAGUGGGAGGGAGAAAGGUUGUGAAAGAUUUUUCGAGAUUAGGGCGGGACCUCAGACACACGGUGAUCGUGGACGACAAGCCAGAGUCCUUUUGCUUGCAGCCCAGCAAUGGAAUUGUCAUCCGUGCAUUCAAAAACAGGAAAGGGCAUAAAUAUGAUGAAUUGAAGAAGAUAAGCAAUCUGCUUAAGGAAAUUGCAAGAGCUGAAGAUGUAAGACAAGCGUUGGAGAAGCUUAAAAGUUAG